AAAUUUCAGUUGAAGUCUGGAUAAUGUACCUUAAGUUCUUUCGUUGCACUCUCUUUUCGGACAGUGUCUCUUCACUCUCCCCCAACAAUUUCUCUCUGCGUAACCAGCAAGCGAACUCAGCAAUGGCGGAACCCAAAACCAAAUACGAUCGGCAGCUCAGGAUUUGGGGUGAGCAAGGACAGGCUGCACUCGAGAAAGCUAGUAUAUGCUUGCUUAAUUGUGGACCUACUGGUUCUGAAACCUUAAAAAAUCUUGUUCUAGGUGGUAUUGGAAGUAUCACUGUGGUUGAUGGUUCUAAAGUUGAAUUGGGUGACCUUGGAAAUAACUUCAUGGGUAUGUGCUGUAAUUAUGCCCAUUUAUUUGUUUUGCAUUUUCCAUUCUCGUGUUUUUCUUUUUCAUGUUGGUAGUGGAUGAAUCAAGCGUUGGGCAAUCAAGGGCAAAAUGUGUGUGUGCAUUUCUUCAAGAGCUAAAUGAUGCUGUCAAAGCUAAAUUCAUAGAAGAAUAUCCCAAGGCAUUAAUUGAGACAAACCCAGCGUUCUUUUCACAGUUUACAUUGGUAAUUGCCACACAGUUGGUUGAAGAUUCGAUGGUGAAGUUGGAUAGGAUUUGUCGGGAGGCAAAUGUUAUGUUGAUAUUUGCCCGCUCUUAUGGCCUCACUGGAUUUGUUCGGAUCAGCUUGAAGGAACAUACAGUGAUUGAAUCAAAGCCUGAUCAUUUUCUGGAUGAUCUCCGGCUAAAUAACCCAUGGCCCGAACUCAGGAGUUUUGCAGAAACAAUUGAUUUAAAUGUGCCUGAUCCCGUAGCCCAUAAGCACACACCAUAUAUUAUUAUUCUUGUGAAGAUGGCGGAGGAGUGGGCCAAAAGUCAUGGUGGAAGCCUUCCAUCAUCCAGGGAAGCAAAAAGAGAGUUCAAGGAACUUAUUAAAACCAAUAUGGUCUCAACGGAUGAAGACAAUUAUAAAGAAGCUAUUGAAGCCUCAUUUAAAGUCUUUGCUCCUCGAGGAAUUAGUUCAAAUCUGCAACAAGUUAUAAAUGAUAGCUGUGCUGAAGUUGAUUCUAAUUCAUCAGACUUCUGGGUGAUGGUGGCAGCUUUAAAGGAGUUCAUUGCUAAUGAAGGUAGUGGAGAGGCACCUCUUGAUGGAUCAAUACCUGAUAUGACUUCUUCGACUGAGCUAUAUGUGAACUUGCAGAAAAUCUACCAAGCCAAAGCUGAGUCUGAUUUUCUUGUUAUGGAGCAACGAGUGAGGAAGAUUCUAAAGACAAUUGGUAGAGAUCCAGAUAGUAUCUCGAAGACGAACAUAAAAAGCUUCUGUAAAAAUGCAAGGAAGCUUACAGUAUGCAGAUUUCGCCUCAUCGAGGAUGAGUUCACCUCUCCAAUACAGCCAGAAUUACAGAAGUAUCUCACGGAUGAGGACUACAGUGUUGCUGUGGGGUUCUAUAUACUGCUCCGAGCUGUUGAUCGGUUUGCUGCAAAUUAUAACAGCUUUCCUGGGCAAUUUGAUGGUGAGAUGGAUGAGGAUAUAUCUCGAUUGAAAAUGACAGCCGUUAGCUUACUUAGUGACUUGGGCUGCAAUGGCUCAACCUUAACUGAGGAUCUCAUCAAUGAGAUCUGCCGAUAUGGUGCUGCUGAGCUCCAUGCAGUUGCUGCCUUUAUUGGUGGAAUUGCAUCACAGGAAGUGAUCAAGCUCAUCACAAGACAAUUUGUUCCUAUGACGGGAACAUUCUUAUUCAACGGUAUAGAUCACAAGUCUCAAUUGCUGUCACUGUAAUCUUUUAAAGCAACAGAUCGUGAUGUUCCAAACAAAAGCGCGAUUUUGGUGUUGGUACUUUUGGAUUUUAUUUGAUAGCAUGAACAGCAACAUAGUCUGUUGAGAAUCAUGGGAGGGUGGUCAGUUGGAACUUCACAAAAGUUCUCAUAACUCUGGUAUUGAUUUGAAAAUGCAACACAGUCAAGAAAGAAGGUUAAGUGAGUACAAGGGAAAAAAUUGAGUUGUAUAUUUUUUGAGAGGCUUUUUUCGGAAGAGUGUAGUAAUGAAUUGGGAUAAUUUCAUGGUACCCUCAAUACGACACAGCAAUAUUGUCCUAGUUUUUACUCUUUUUUUUGUUUUUUAUAUGUAUGUUUACAAUUGGCUUCUUACUGUUUUAUCCUUUAAACAGAAUCCUCGUCUGUCAUGGAAGAAACUGUUGCAUCUGGAAAUCAACUACCG